UUUCUUUUUUCUUCAUCAGGACCACUGGUUAUCUGCUUACCAAAGGAACAAUCUAGCACAAGAAGUAUCAAUGGAGUACUCCACAGCAAUUGUAUUUUCGCAGCUCUCCUUAUUCCCUUCAACACUUCAAACAGAAAAUAGAACUUAUCUAUUCAAGCCAUGGAAACAGAGAACUUCUCAAUCUACUCGUUUCCAGUGUCACAAGAUGUAUGUCCCUGGAUUUGGGACAUCACCAGAAUCCACAGCAGCCCAACAUCUACACCACUUUUUCAAUUUUAUUGCUGUUAAAAUUGUCGCUGCACAGCUUCAGAGCUACAAUCCUGAAGCAUACCAGGAGCUGAGGGAGUUUCUGGAUAAGCAUUCAUUGAGUGAUGGGGAUAAGUUUUGCGCGGAUUUGAUGAGGGAAUCCCCGAGACAUAAAGAUCUAGCUAUGCGCAUUUUAGAGGUUCGAUCAGCAUACUGUAAGGACGACUUUGAGUGGGAUAACUUGAAGCGCCUAGCAUCAAAGAUGGUGGAUGAUUCUAAUAAAAAGCUUAUGACGGAUUAUAUCGUGGAUACUAGCUGCAUUGCAGAUGGAAAGCAGAUAUGCAGCUAAACAAGCUCCUUAAAAUUAUAAUCACAGUGUAUUUAGAAGACGAGAAUAUAACAUGUGUUUUCACUUAAUUUCAUAUAUAUGUAUAUAUGCUGUUAUUCCAUUUAGCUGCA